AUGCACGCGCUCCACAACACGCACUCGCCCGUGGCGACCGAGUUUCGCCGCUGGGUUUACAAAUACGUCUUUACGCUGGCGUAUGGCAAUCCCGGCCAGAAGAAGAAAAUGGUGUCGACGCUAUGUAAGGUCGACAAGCUUUUCCUCGAAGCCUUCAUGAAGCUGGUUCCGAACAAUCUCUCGUGCUUGUACCUAGUGGACACCACUAUGCGAGAGGAAGGGAAGAAGGUGUUGAAGUUCGGCCGAUCGAAGAACGUGAAGGAGCGGUUCUACAAGCACAGCUCUGUGUUCGGACAAAAAACCAAACUGGACACGGUGAUCUUCGUCCCCUCAGACCGCCUCAGCGAGGCGGAGAAGCGUUUGAAAUCGACCAUUCGCGAGAGCGAUCGUUUCUCAUUAGAAAAGCAGAAAGAGCUCAUUCAUCUUGACGCCGAGGGUUACAAGGCCAUCCGUGCAAUCAUGCAAACGAUCGCGGACAAGUACAACGACAGCAUGGCCAUCCAGUCCGAAGUGCACGCUCGAGAAAUGACGGAUCAAGAGCACGAGUACAAGCUGCGUAUCAAAGAUUUGGAGCGCAUGAUCGACGUGCUCGAAGAACGCAUUCAGAAUGCUGUUGCUGACGAGAAAGCCGAGGCCGCCGCUCUUCUUGUGAAGCUCACCAAGCAGAAGGGCAAAGUCAACGUGCUCCGGCAAAAACUAAAAAGCAACAAAGAGAACAUGGAGCUGCGGCAUAAUCUUGAUUUGACGAAACUCACCGCCACGAUCAAGGAUAAAGACCUUCAAUUGGUGGACCGCGCUCGAGUCAUCGCAGAUCUUCAAGCGCGGAUUCAUGAGCUCGAAAAGAACCGUAGAUGCCGCUGA